AUGACCCACAGCCCGCUCUACCAGCUCCCACUGGAACUGCUCUUCCUAGUCUCAGAAUACCUAUCCCCACCGGCACUCCUUGUCCUCCGCUUGACGUGCACGCGCUUCUCCAUCCUUUUCAAACUACCUGAAAAAAGGCUCUGGAGCCUUAGCGACAAGCAUGAAGUCAAGACUGUCUUACAUCACGAGCAGUAUAAAUACCUCUGCAAAGCGGAGCAUCAACGCCGCAUCCACCUCCUCCACUACAAUUAUGUCUGCAGCCACUGCAAAGACACGCACCUCACCCGCGCCUUCCUCGCCCGCCCAACUCGCCCAGGCCCCCAAGAGCCAUAUCUGUCUCGCGGCCCAAGCCAUCUGUGGGACAUCGCAGCACACGGCCUGGUCCCGAUAUUUCCUCGUCCGGGUACCAGCUGGAGCCUUGGAUCAUAA